AUGGGAAAACUCAUCAAGAACCACUGGGCUCGAUUGAUCGUCCUCACAGCAGCUAUCUAUCAAAUAGCAGCCGGUAUCCAUGGAUUCUUCUGGCCCAAGAUCUUCUGGGACUUCAUGACGAAGAACCUCGACGUAGCAGUGAAGCCUCUCCCGAUCUUACAAACGAUCAACCUGAUUCUCGGCAUCGUCCUAUUCGCAUGGGAAUGGCCACUGGGCUUCCUGGCUGGCUCAGCGAUGCACAGGAGCAUUGAAGCGAGACUUGUUGUCCUGCCACUGGCAGCGCUGUCGGCAGCUCUUAUCUACCAAGGGACGAAUCCCGCCAUCUACUACACGAUCGCGAUGGGUGUUUACUUUUGGGCAUACAGUGAAGGCGAGACCGUUGUUGCAACUCCAUGGUCUCUGCCUCAACGGACCCGUCCAGGAAAGGUCUAA